UUCUUGAGGCACCAUGCGUCCCAGGAACCGGAAGCGAAGGUGUGUGUUUUCGGGUUGGCAGCCCUGUGGCACUCCUACUCCUUUGUGAGGUCUCAAGUAUAGUCUAGUCCAGGCAGCUGGAUACCUACGCCAACCAUCUCGCACGUCCAUAAAUCACAAGUAGGAUUUCACCUGCCCUGACUGGUGUGUGGACCAAACAUUAUUCAUCUGCUUCCAGACUCUGCUCUGCUUCCACUCCCAUCUGUCUUACUGAAGUGACUUAUUGGGCAUAGAGACGACAUUCUCUUAGAUUUCUGGAAGCUGGAGCAAGGAAAUGGACCUAGUGGUUGUCGAGGAUGUGGCCGUGGUCUUUAGCCAGGAAGAGUGGGCUUUGCUGGAUCUUGCUCAGAGGAAACUGUACCAAGAUGUGAUGAUGGAAACCUUCAGAAACUUGGCCUCAGUAGUUUCUCAAAAUCUUGAUGAAGAAAACUUAUCCAGUGAACACAUAAUGGCGCGAUUCAUGAAGAGUAACACGUGGUCCUCAAUAUUAGGAGAAAUCUCCAAAUCGUGUGGCAAUAAAGAUCAGCAUAAAAACCAGGGGAGACAUUUGAGAAUUCAUACAGUAGAGAACCUCUGUGAAGGUAAUGAAGACAAUCAGUGUGGGAAAUCCUUCAGCAAGAUUCCAGAUCUUACUGUGGUGAAAAGAAAUCUUCCAGAAGUAGAUGCUUCUGAAUGCUGUGAGUGUGGAAAAGCCUUCAUGAAUUACUCAUCACAUAACUGUCAUACCAGAUCUCAUACUGGAUGCAGUACCUAUCAGUGUAAGGAAUGUGGGAAAGCCUGCAGAUGUGCUUCUCACGUAACCAGUCCUGUGAGAACUCUGAAUGGAAAGAAAUACUAUAAAUGUAAGGUAUGUAGGAAGGACUUCAUUUGUAUCUUAACCCUUAAGAAUCCUGUGACGACACUCACUGGCGAGAAACUAUAUGAAUGCGACGAGUGUGGGAAAGACUUCUGUAGUUUCUUAACCUUUUGGACACAUAUGAGAGGUCAUAAGCAUGUAUGUAAAGAAUGUUAUAAAACCUGUAGCCAUCAGUCAUCCCUCAUUUCACAUAAAAAAUUUCAUAACAGAGAUAAGGAAUAUCAAUGUAAGGAAUGUGAGAAAGGCUUUAGUCAGUCAUCACACUUCACUACACAUAUAAGAAAACACAGUGGGCAGAGGCCUUAUGAAUGUAAGGAAUGUGGGAAGGCAUUUAAACAGUCCUCAUCCCUCACUCAACGUAUAAGGACUCACAGAGUGAGGCCUUAUAAAUGUAAAGAAUGUGGGAAAGCCUUUAAGUCUUCCUCAUACCUCACUCAACAUGUAAGAACUCACAGUGGAGAGAGGCCUUAUGAAUGUAACCAGUGUGGGAAAGCCUUUCGUUAUUCCUCAGUCCUCACUAAGCAUAAAAGAACUCACAGCGGAGAGAAGCCUUAUGAAUGUAAGGAAUGUGGGAAAGCUUUCAGUUGUUCCUCACACCUCACUUCACAUAUGAAAACUCACAGUGGAGAGAGGCCUUAUGAAUGUAAGCAAUGUGGGAAAGCCUUUCGUUAUUCCUCUGCCCUCACUACACAUAUAAGAACUCACAGUGGAGAGAGGCCAUUUGAAUGUAAGGAAUGUGGGAAAGCCUUUAGUCAGGCCUCAGGCCUUACUACACAUACAAGAACUCACAGUGGAGAGAGGCCUUUUCAAUGUAGGGAAUGUGGGAAAACCUUUAGUCGUUCCUAUGACCUCUCUUUACACGUAAGAACUCACAGUGGAGAGAGGCCUUUUGAAUGUAAGGAAUGUGGGAAAGCCUUCAGUUGUUCCUCAGCCCUCACUACACAUAGAAGAACUCACAGUGGCGAGAAGCCUUAUGAAUGUAAGGAAUGUGGGAAAACCUUCAGUUGUUCUUCAGCCCUCACUACACACAGAAGAACUCACAGUGGAGAGAGGCCUUAUGAAUGUAAGGAAUGUGGGAAGGCCUUCAUUUGUUCCUCAGCCCUCACUACACAUAUAAGAACUCACAGUGGAGAGAGGCCUUAUGAAUGUAAGGAAUGUGGGAAAGGCUUUAAUCAGGCCUCACACCUCAUUAUGCAUAUAAAAACUCACAAUGGAGAGAAACCUUACGAAUGUAAGCAAUGUGGGAAAGCCUUUAGGUGUUCCUCACAGCUCACUCUGCAUAUACGAACUCACAGUGGAGAGAGGCCUUAUGAAUGUAAGCAAUGUGGGAAAGCCUUUUGUUAUUCCUCAGUCCUCACUAAGCAUAAAAGAACUCACAAUGGAGAGAAGCCUUAUGAAUGUAACGCCUGUGGGAAAGCCUUCAGUUGUUCCUCAGCCCUCACUACCCAUAGAAGAACUCACAAUGGAGAGAGGCCUUGUUAAUAUAAGGAACGUGGGAAAGCUUUCAGUUGUUCCCUAUUCUUAAGCUAAUCUUAUAAGAAUUCGGAGUGGAGAGAUUUCUUAUGAAUGUAAAGGAUGUGAGUCUUUAGGGAAGCCUCAAAUCUCAACUAGUCGUAUAAGAGCUCAGAGUGAGUCAGAGACCUUAUGAAUGUAAGGAAUGUGGGAAUACUUUUAGGUGUUCCUCACAGCUUACUACGCAUAGAAGAACUCACAGUGGAGAGACCUUAUGAAUGUAAGGAAUGUGGGAAUACUCUUAGGUGUUCCUCACAGCUUACUACGCAUAGAAGAACUCAGUGGAGAGACCUUAUGAAAAUAAGGAAGAGGCCUUAUGAAUGAAUGUAAGGAAUAUGGUAAAGCCUUUUUGUUUGUCACACCUCACUUGACACGUAUGAGCUCAAAAUGGAGAGACUACCUUAUGUCAAAAGUGGAAUGUUUCAUCCUUACUGCUAUAAUUUCAAACAGCAAAUUUCUCAAAGUCAGCGAUUAAAGAACAAAGUUUCUCAGUGAGUAUGAAAGCAGUGUUAACUCAAAGAAGGGGUCAUUAGAGGUAUUUUGUAGCUUUGGGAGAAGUGACAUUUUCAUUGUAACUGUGGGGCUGUCCUCAUCAGUGUUUGUUACUUGCUCAGCCCAAGCUAAAUUUUACCUUUCUUAAAAUCUUUGGCUAUUACGCAUAGGAUAGUACCCUGAUGUAGUCUGUGGACUUUAGUUAACGGUAAUGUAUUAAUAUUGAUUUGUCGAUUGCAACAAAUAUACCACAUGCCACAAGAAUGCAAGAUGCUAACUAUAGGUGAAACACUUUGGGGGUGGAGGAGCAGGUACGUGUGGACUCAACUUUAUGCACAAUUUUUCUGAAAAAUGUUUCUAAAAUAAAGUAUUUUAAAACAAUUAAAAAAUGUGGUAUCCUAUUUUUAAGUUUUUGCAACAAAGACUGCACAGUCUUUCAAAGUUACUUAUAUCUUGUUUUCCGUAAACUGACUAAACAUCAUUUGUUAUUGUAGGUUUUUUUUUUACAAUUUAAUUUAAAAAAACAUUGUGGUAAAAAACGUUUAGCGUAAACUGUUGUUUUAACCACCUUAAGUGUACAAAUGCUUCGUUACAUUGACAGUGUUGUGCAACCAUCACCCCUAUUUUAAAAAACUUUAAUCACUCCAAACACAAUCUCUGUACCAAUUAAGCAAUAACUGCCAAACCCCUCCCCCGCAAAUCCUGUGGUAACCACUGAUGAAUCUUAGUGUCUCUGCAUUUGCCUGUUCUGGACAUUUCAUAUAAAUGAAAUCAUAUUUGUCCUUUGGUGUCCGACUUAUUUCACUCAUCAAAAUGCCUUCAAGGUUCAUGCAUGUUGUAGCUUGUACCAUAAUUUCAUUUCUCUUUAUGGUUGAAUAAUAUUCCAGUAUAUGUAUAUAUCAUGUUUUGUUUAUUCAUGUUUUGAUGGGCACUUGGAUUUUCACCUUUGUCUAUUCUGAAUAAUA